CUGGUGCUGACUCUCGGCCAGAAGAGGAAAGGCUGUCUCCACCCACCUCUCUCGCGCGCACUCUCCCUUCUCAUCUCAUCUAUAAAGGCCGAACAGCUGAAAGGGUAGGGACUUCUCCAGACGCCGUGCCUUCCUGAGCGCUCGAACCCCGCUGUCUCCGUGAGGGCUCUCCUCCGGCCGCCAGCGCCCAUCUUUCAUUCCCGAGACAGAGAUAUUUUGCACACACGCACACAUACACACACGCGUAAAAAGAAAAAAAAAGCCCACCCCCCCGCCUCGUUGCAAAGAGAAAGCCGGAGCAGCCGCAGCUCGAAGCCCGCAGAGGACGCCCUGAGUAGCGAGCCGAGGGCAGAAGGAUCUACGGACUCGCGCCGCAUCCACCUGUCUGCCGUGCCGGGCCCAGCGCGCAGCGGGCACGCCGCGCGCGCGGAGCAGCCGUGCCCGCCGCCCGGGCCCCGCGCCAGGGCGCACACGCUCCGGCCCCCCCACCCGGCCCGGGCGGGAGUUUGCACCUCUCCCAGCCCGGGUACUCGGGCCGCCGCUGCAAAUCCAACUUUGGGAAAAGUUUUCGGGGGGAGACUUUGGCUUUGAGGUGCCCACCUCUGCGCUUUCCGACUUCGGGGGCCUUUCCAGAAAAUGUUGCAAAAAAGCUAAGCCGGCGGGCAGAGGAGAGCGCUUUUAGCCGGCGAGUGAAGACCAACGAUCGACUGCCGUGUUCUUUUUCCUCUUGGAGGUUGGAGUCCCCUGGGCGCCCCCACACGGCUAGACGCCUCGGCGGGUUCGCGACGCAGCCCCCCGGCAGUGGAUGCUCGCUCCGGCUCGGGAUCCGCCCAGGUAGCGGCCUCGGACCCUGGUCCCGUACCCAGGCCCUUCCUAGUCCCCCAACGACGGAGCCGGGGCCGGGGGCGGCGGCGCCCAGGGGCCAUGCGGGUGAGCCGCGGCGGCGGCUGCAGCGGCCUGAGUGCCUGAUCGCCGCAGACCCCAGCCGAGCCCACCUCCCUCCCCAGCCCCCGCCCUCCACCCUGGCCGCGGGGGCGGCGCGCACCGUCCACGCGUCCGGGGCCCAGCGGGGCCGGGCCCGGAGUCGGCAUGAAUCGCUGCUGGGCGCUCUUCCUGUCUCUCUGCUGCUACCUGCGUCUGGUCAGCGCCGAGGGGGACCCCAUUCCUGAGGAACUCUAUGAGAUGCUGAGUGACCACUCGAUCCGCUCCUUCGAUGACCUCCAGCGCCUGCUGCACGGAGACUCCGUAGAUGAAGACGGGGCUGAGUUGGACCUGAAUUUGACUCAGUCCCAUUCUGGAGGCAAGCUGGAGAGCUUAUCCCGAGGGAGAAGGAGCCUAGAUUCCCAGCCGGUCGCCGAGCCAGCCAUGAUCGCGGAGUGUAAAACGCGCACUGAGGUGUUUGAGAUCUCCCGGCGCCUGGUUGACCGCACCAACGCCAACUUCCUGGUGUGGCCGCCCUGCGUGGAGGUGCAGCGCUGCUCCGGCUGCUGCAACAAUCGCAACGUGCAGUGCCGCCCCACCCAGGUGCAGCUGCGACAUGUCCAGGUGAGGAAGAUCGAGAUUGUACGGAAGAAGCCAAGCUUUAAGAAGGCCACAGUGACCCUGGAGGACCACCUGGCGUGCAAGUGUGAGACGGUAGUGGCUGCACGACCUGUGACCCGAAGCCCAGGGAGUUCCCAGGAGCAGCGAGCUAAGACACCCCAAACUCGAGUGACCAUUCGGACUGUGCGAGUCCGCCGGCCCCCCAAGGGGAAGCACAGGAAGUUCAAGCACACACAUGACAAGAUGGCACUGAAGGAGACCCUUGGAGCCUAGGGGCAUCUGCAAGAGAGUGCGGGCAGGGUUAUUUAAUAUGGUAUUUGCUGUAUUGCCCCCAUGGGGUCCUUGGAGUGAUAAUAUUGUUCCCCUCGUCCGUCUGUCUCGAUGCCUGAUUCGGACGGCCAAUGGUGCUUCCCCGCCCCUCCACGCGUCCGUCCACCCCUCUGCCAGUGGGUCUCCCCUCAGUGGCCUCCAGCAUCUUGCCCGGAAACU